AUGUCUCCGUGUUCUUGUUCUAGUCCGAGCUUCUUAGCCGGGGACCUAUUGUUGCAGGUCCAAUUUGCUUCCCUAGAAAUAGUCUCUCAGAAGUGUGUUUUGUUCUGUUUCCUUGCAACAAAGUGGAGCAACUAUGUGGCUGUUCUUAUAAUGACUUUUAAGCUUGAGACUCCAACACAAUUAGCAGCUGUGUUUUUAUGUGCCCAUUGUGAAGUACUUCACCCUCAUUCUGUCUAUUUGGAUGUCAUUAAUGCAAUAUUGACUUUUGAUACUAAUAAGCUUCUUCUAUGCGGCUUAUCACUUUGGGUAUUUCCAUGGGAGGAUUUGAUUGUUGAUAAUACCCAAAUAUGGUGGGAAGCUGCUCAAUUUCCAAAAGUGAAGGUUGCCAAGGUUGAUGCAACCAAAUUAAACAAAGAACAGACGGUUUACAUGCCCAAGAUUCCUGAUAUUGCUAGGUGCCCUGAGCAUUUACUGCCACUCAAAGAGUGGGAGGAUGCUUUCCUUGCUGAUUUUUCAGAGCUAAGGCUGGCUUUAUCACGUCUUGAGGGUUCUAGUGCAGUAAUUUCUGAUCAGCUGCAAUCAAUGUCAGUUGCUCAUGAAGAGGAAUGCUCCCAUCAGCUUUCUGAAAGUAUUGUUCUUGAAAAAAUUGAUGACUUAACAACUAAUGGAACCACUUCAUGCUGUUCUCUCAAUGGUUCCCUACGAGAAGACUCCAGUAACCCAUGUUCUUUCUUUGUGGCUGAUGAAACUGAUGGCUCACACUCCCCUGGAAAUUCCAGUCCAAAGUCUUCUCUAGAUGGAGGUUCUGGCAACGGUCCCUCAUUGUCUAUGAUUUUGGGGAUGGACUCUGUUGCUCGAGUAUCUAUGCUGAAGAAACACAUAAGCUCCGUGAAGAAUAUGUGUAUUCUGUUGAGGAGUGAUUGUGCAUGGCUUUUUGCUUUGUGCGCAGCCAUUGAUACUCCACUUGUUGCUGACACUAGUGCAGCCCUUCGGUGUUUGCUUCGUAAGUGUGCAACCUUGCGAGCUGAGAAAUCAGAAUUGGAUGACGAAGUUGUUAUGCUUAAUAUUCUAGCAACAAUUUCAGGCAGGUAUUUUGGGCAGUCAGAAAACUAAAGUCUCUUUGUUGAUCGAAUAACUGUUAUCUUUGUGCAUUUUGAGGUUUGUCGUGUGCAUUAGGCUGCAAACUGAAUGUAGAGACUCAACUGUUGGUGUUUUCUGAAGCAAUUUUGAUGAAACUGAACAAGUGACACUGUUUUGGGUCAACUUGAAGGAGUGAUGGCACGAGACCAAGGGAGAUAGGCCCGCGCCUAUGGUUCUAGUCUUGCCCCCACGAAAAUGUUCCCUCCUUUGGUAUACUGAUUCUCGAAAAAACAGUGAUAUUUGAGACAAAUAUGAUACACCUAGGUGUCCCAAAUUUGUUGGUGGCUAGUUUGAGUGGCAAUUUGCUUAAAAUUUAUGUUUCAGAUUGCUCCAG